AUGUCCCCAGCGGACACAGCCAAGGCCCGCUCGCCCACCCCCGCACCCGCCUCUGCCCUCUCGCCCCCCGCGACCCCCGCACCCGGCCCUGCGCCUGAACCAAAGUCCAAGGCCGCAACCCCCGCCCCGCCCUCCCGCCAUCCCUCUCUCGCCCCCGGCCGCGAAGCAACCCCCGCCGUCGAGCCCCCGCCCGCCCCAGACGGGCCCGAUGAGGUCGAUGCCGUCGACACAGAGGCCGCGGAAGGCACUAUCGAUCUCGAGACCUUCCACCAGAUCCUCGAUCUCGACGAGGACGACACGCACGACUUCUCCAAGGAGAUGGUCACCGCCUACUUCUCCCAGGCGAACACCACCUUCGACGAGAUGGACGAGGCCUACAAGGCGAAAGACCUCACCAAGCUCUCGUCCCUCGGCCACUUCCUCAAGGGCUCUUCCGCCGCCCUCGGCGUCGCCCGCGUCCAGGCCUCGUGUGAGCGCAUCCAGCACUACGGCCAGCUCCGCGACGAGGACACCGGCACCGACCUGACCGACGUUACCGCCCUCGGCAAGAUCGAGCCCCUCCUCGGCCGCGUCAAGAAGGAGUACAUCGUCGCAGAGUCGUGGCUCAAGAAGUGGUACGAGGAGAACUCCGUCCCCGCCGACGACGGCGAGUAG